AUAAUCCAUGUACCAAAAAAAACCUAAACCAUAAUCCGAUAAUAGCUUUGUAAAAUAAAUAUACUAAACAAUAAUAUGAGACAGAAUAUGGUAGGUAAAACCAAAAAGGAUGAAGGUGGUCCUUCAAGACCACUGUAAUAAAAAAUUUCGUCUUCUAGGAAGCACAGAAACAUCUAGAUGGAUUGUGAAAGUGAAGGCACAGAGACUGACAUGAAAAAACUAAUUAAAUGGAAGCAAAAAUGUAUAAACAAACCACCAUCAAGCCCAUAUUUCACCAAAACUGGGCAAAUUUUUCUUUUCUGAAAUCUCUCAAAAUAAAAGGAAAAUAACCAUAAAGAGAUAAAUGUGAAGGUUGGAUGUUGAUAUGCCGAGUUAAUAAUGAGAAAAUCUCCAAAUACCAAACAUCUAAACCAAGGAAUCAUAGAGAUUACUACCAUAUAAAAAAAAAUCUCCACA